AUCUCCAGAAGAUGUUCUCCUGUUCUCAGUUUUUAGCGAGAACAAAUGCUAUGCAAACAUUCAUAAGAGCUGCUUCACAAGGCAAAACUUGUCUGUCUCUCUCAUUCACUGGGUCGGUGCUCUUCUUUGAGUUCUGUCCUGUCAGCGUUUGGCUGUGCUGUCUGGCUUUGCUGAUGUGGCAUCUUUUACUGUGUUAUUUUCUUUCAUAAAGAAUGUGGCGGGGGUUUGGUGAGCGCUGAACUUUAUGUGCUCACAUCUUUGUGAAUGGCUUGUGAUUUCUGUUCAUUUCAUUUGAUUGCUUUUACAGAUCACUUUUAUGAUUGCCCUGCCAUUUGUUAUUGAUGAAUUUUGUAUAAAGACCAAUCAAAUUUUACAUGUAAAAUAGUCAAUAUUGAUUUCAUGUUUUCUUUAAGUCAGUUGGUUUGAAUUUUCUAGAAUCCCAUAGGGACCAGCACUUAAUUUGUUCACAUUUAUGCAUUACUCACUCAGAUGUAGAGUGCCGCUGGCACGGGCGCACGGUAAGUCAUUUGCCCACCGAAGUGAGCUGCGCCAGGCCAAGAGAAUCGUCGUCAAGUUGGGGAGUGCUGUUGUAACCCGUGGUGACGAGUGCGGCCUCGCUUUGGGCCGACUCGCUUCAAUUGUAGAACAGGUGGCCGUGCUUCAGAAUCAGGGUAGAGAGAUGAUGAUCGUGACCAGUGGUGCUGUAGCAUUUGGAAAACAAAGGCUGAGGCAUGAAAUACUUCUCUCACAGAGUGUCAGACAAGCCCUGCACUCAGGCCAGAAUCAGCUCAAAGAUAUGUCACUGCCAGUUCUAGAGGCGAGAGCAUGUGCCGCUGCGGGACAAAGUGGACUUAUGGCUCUGUAUGAGGCAAUGUUCACUCAAUACAGCACUUGUACUGCCCAGAUCCUGGUAACAAACCUGGACUUCCACGACGACCAGAAAAGACGGAACCUGAACAGCACUCUGCAUGAGCUGCUGCGUAUGAACAUCGUGCCCAUCAUCAACACCAAUGACGCUGUGGUGCCUCCCCCAGAACCCAACAGCAACCUACAGGGGGUAAAUGUUAUCAGUAUCAAGGAUAACGAUAGUCUUGCAGCGCGGCUUGCCGUGGAGAUGAGGGCAGAUCUUCUCAUUGCUCUCUCUGAUGUAGAAGGACUUUACGACAGCCCACCAGGGUCAGACGAUGCCAAGCUCCUGGACACAUUUUACCCUGGCGACCAGCAUUCCAUUACCUAUGGUACAAAGUCCAGGGUCGGCAUUGGAGGAAUGGAAGCUAAGGUUAAAGCUGCUCUCUGGGCUCUCCAAGGUGGGACGUCUGUUGUCAUUGCUAACGGUACACACCCCAAAGUCACGGGUCAUGUGAUCACUGACAUUGUUGAGGGAAAGAAAGUAGGAACCUUCUUCUCAGAGGUCAAGCCAGCUGGUCCCACAGUCGAGCAGCAGACAGAAAUGGCUCGCUCUGCUGGCAGGACCCUUGCUUCCCUUGAACCAGAGCAGAGAAGUGACAUCAUUUGCACAUUGGCUGAUCUCCUUACUGAGAGAAAAGAUGAAAUCUUAUCUGCCAACAAAAAGGACAUGGAGCAUGCUGUUAGCACAGGUCGUCUGUCUCCAGCCAUGCUGAAGCGACUCAGUUUGUCAUCGUCUAAACUGAACAGUCUGUCCAUCGGCUUGCGUCAGAUCUCAGUGUCCUCUCAGGACAGCGUUGGCAGGGUUCUGCGCAGGACUCGUGUGGCAAACAAACUGGAGCUGGAGCAGAUCACUGUCCCCAUAGGAGUACUACUUGUCAUCUUUGAGUCACGACCAGACUGCCUUCCUCAGGUUUCUGCUUUAGCCAUUGCCAGUGGAAAUGCUCUUUUGUUGAAAGGUGGCAAAGAGGCGGCCAACACAAAUCGCAUCCUGCAUGAACUCGCUCAGGAGGCUCUGUCUAUCCAUGGAGUCAAAGAUGCCAUCCAGCUGGUGAGCACGCGUGAAGAGGUGGAGGAUCUGUGCCAUCUGGAGAAGAUGAUUGAUCUGAUCAUUCCCCGCGGCUCCUCUCAGCUAGUCAGAGAUAUUCAGCGUGCAGCUAAGAGCAUCCCUGUUCUUGGCCACAGUGAGGGGAUCUGCCAUGUCUAUGUGGACCAUGAGGCCAGUGUUGACAAAGCCAUCAAGAUCAUCCGAGACUCUAAAUGCGACUACCCUGCAGCCUGUAAUGCCAUGGAAACCCUGCUGGUGCAUCGAGAUCUUCUCAGAACCCCAUUGUUUGAUCAGAUCAUUGACAUGCUGAGAACAGAACAUGUGAAGAUCCAUGCCGGCCCCAAGUUUGCAUCGUACCUGACCUUCAGCCCGUCAGAGGUCAAGUCUCUGCGUACUGAGUACGGGGAUCUGGAGUGCUGUAUCGAGGUUGUGGACAGUAUGCUGGAGGCUGUUGAUCACAUCCAUAAAUACGGCAGUUCCCACACUGAUGUUAUCGUCACUGAAAAUGAGGACACAGCAGAGCAGUUCCUUCAGCAAUUAGAUAGUGCCUGUGUCUUUUGGAAUGCCAGCUCACGGUUCGCUGACGGAUAUCGUUUUGGUCUCGGUAGGUGUCUUUUUCUUUUUUUCUCAUCCACAAACUUAUUUAAAUGUUUCCAUUUUAAUCUCAUAAUGACCCUGUGGUGCUUUGUAGGUGCAGAGGUUGGCAUCAGCACGGCUCGUAUUCAUGCCCGUGGGCCUGUGGGGUUAGAAGGGCUUCUCACUACCAAGUGGGUCUUACGGGGCGAGGGCCACACAGCUGCAGAUUUCUCUGAGCAGGGCAGCAUGACGUAUCUGCACGAGAAUCUUCCGGUGGCGCAGGUUCUUCCUGAACGCAGAACCACCAGCUAGAGUUGUGAAGUAAAAGCAUCUACAGUCAAGAAUCAAAUACAUCUUAUUUAAGUAAAAGCUCACCCACUUAAAAUCUAUUUAAAGACUCCAAUCAGGCAGUGUAUUUGGAGUAAGUGCGAAUACAAAGAAAAUCAUCUGUGGAUGGAGAGCCGUUCAAUGAACCCAUACAUUUAAAUUUUCCCAGAUACACCCAUUUUAGUCAAGUGUGUCUUGUUCUCAGAAAGAACCAGACGAACGUAUAGCUACAGAAACUCAGAAGGGUCAUGCAAAGACGACAAGGGAAUUUGCUUAAAGCUGUAAUCCAUCUGAUUGUUUUUGUAAUUUUUGUUAUGAUUUGUGCGUUGUAUUAUGUUCUUUUGAGUAGCAAAACGAAUUAUUGAUCAUGGAAAAAAUAAUAACAGCUUCAUUCCAGUAUGGAGUUAAUGAAAAGAAGCCUCCCGAAUUGCCCAUGGUAUAUAUUUAUGUCAUAUUUAAUGUGUGAAAAUGCAGUAGGAAUUUCGAAAUGAAAUUUCCUGACAAAAAUUGGAGCAUUAAAAAUCAUUGUGCCAUUUUACAGCAUAUUGUGUACACGUAAUUUCAGCUUUUAUGGGAAAAAUAUAUACAUCACAUUAAAAAAAAACUAUUAUUAACUAAAAAAAUAAUAUUUUUCAUGUGGCAGUACAAGUCAUAUACAGUACAAGAUAAGAAAACUAUUAUCAACUGAAAAAGAAACUAGAAUUUUAAAGCUGCUUUGUCUGUAUAAGUUACUUUUAUUGAAGAGGAAACGCAAGAAAAGCAAUCUUCCUUGCAUUUUUUUUUUAUACUCAUUGCUUUUUAAUCAUGAAUAAUAUGCAGAACUGUUAGCAUUUCCGUGUUACUGCUGUAAAACUCACCCGGGACGGCCAGCUUUUGUCCUGAACUGCUUCAAAAAGGCCUCGUUUUCCGUACUUUAAAGUGCUGUAACGCUCUACAAAAUAGUGGUGCUUAUAGUGUGAAAAGUGUUCUGAAGAUGUUCACAAUUUUUGUAUGUAGAAUAAAUUUCUUUUUUGUACUUUCAAAAUGCUUCUGGAUACAUUUGAUGCCUCUGACAAAGACCUGAAAGUUUAAUUUGUACCUGAAAGAGGUUUGGAGAAGGGUUUAGGGAGGAAACCGACAAGUAUUGGGGCCAUUUUGAACUUGAUUAAUAAUCUUUCUUAAGUGCAGUUCAGUGUGGAAAACAUCAAGAGGCUUUUCUGUAGGGAGAGAGAGACUUGCCAACACUAAGUGGGACAUGGAAGAGUGAAAACAAUACUACAGAGUAUUAAUUAUGUUGCUAUUAGGAAAGAAGAGACUGCGAGAAGACUGAGGCUUGCCAUGAAAGUGCCAGUGCCUUUUGACUCAAGUUCUUUUUAUUCUCCAAAAUGUGCGGUUUACCCUCAAUGAGCCUUCAUCAGAAACUAAAAAGAUCCAGAGAUGAAGAGAAACUAAGUCUCAUUCAUCUGUUAUUGUGUUCCAACUUUACUGCGUAAGAUCCAUGAUCAAUAACUUUUUGGAUGAAAGAGGUUAAAAAAUGCUCAAAUGAGGACAAUGUUACUGCCAAAUCAGGAGACGGAAAUACAGGUGCAGAAGUAAGAAAGUAGAAUUAUGACUAACAUGCGAAACAAAGCUUACAGUGCUGAUUUUCAAAUAUAAGAUCGUGAGUGUUGACCCUAAAGCUGCACUUUUAGAUCUAUUUUGUCAGUACAGUUUUAUUCUGUUCAAAUUAUGACUGCUAAAUAAUUGUUGAUUUGUUACUACUGCACAUCAACCUGCGCCCAAUAUUUCACACUUCUGAGAGUUUAAAGCAUAUGGAUGUGAAAUUUAAAAGAACCGGUCUCAUGGCAAGCCAUCGGACUUUCACAGUCAGUACAGCUUUAAUUGAACAUUACUUGAGGCGAAAACUAAUUUCUUGUGCUUCCUUGGAUAUUUAGAGACUCAAAUGUGCUCCCUGCAGAGCUGAAUUUUUUCAAAUCAAUAAUUAAUCAUCAGAGUUCUUUAUUCAUUUGUAUCUUUGCCAAAUAUGGGCUUCUAAUUAACUAUUUCAAUAAUUGAUAUUUAUCUUUGAAAGAGCUUGGUAUCCAUACCUUAUGAAAAAUGCAUGAACUGAGAUAUGGACUUUUGUUUUGUUUUGUGUUCUGAGAGAGCCGCAUGCUCGGGGCUAAGACCAGGCCACUUUGACUUUUCCUCUUUGAGUCUGUGUUGCCCUAUGAUGUGCUGCUACUAUGGUGCCUCUUUCAAGGGCCCAAAGCAUCUGCUAGACAUCAUGUGAUCUUAUAAAAGUCUUUUGCUCUUCCAUCCUGAGAUACCCCUUUUUUGUUCUUUAAUAACUCAGUUCAAAGAACAAGCUGUUUCCUUAUAAUUUCCUUUUGUCUCUCAGGCACGAGAUGAUGUCGUGUACGCAUGCAACAACAUUUUGGCAUGUUUCAUUCAUUCAAGAUUUCUGCGGGUUUUAAAAAGGUCUUAAAAAGUCUUAGUUUGCCC